AACACAUCUGUCGAUAGCGGUGGUGCGGGUCCGGGUCCGCGCUCCGGCCGAAGAAAUAAAUCGCGCGUUUUUCUCGAGGAGCGGGAAAUGGACGGAAAAUCGAGGUUGGCUCGGAUUUUCGCAGCUUUGAUCGAACUCGAGUCUACGGAGUUCGAGUGUUCGCGUUGACUGUGUUGCGCCGGGUCUAGACUAUCGAGAGCGCGGUGUGCACUCUGUAUAUCUGUUCCGUCUAUAGAGAGAGAUUCGGAAAAAAAAGAAGGAACGCUGCGCGAACUGCGAACUGCGACUGCCGUUCUGACAGAGUCAGAGUCAGUUUACCGGCAACGUUUCAGCGGGCCGGCUGAUAUUGUGUUUCGUCUGAUGUGGGAGGUCAUAUUCAUUUUCAUGUAGCAAGGGUGAGUCACAGACAUGGGAAGUGAGCAUUAUUGUCUCAGGUGGAAUAAUCAUCAGAACAACUUACUUGGAGUGUUCAGUCAACUUCUUCAAGACGAAAGCCUUGUGGAUGUCACUCUCGCUUGCUCCGAAGGUCACUCAAUUCGAGCUCAUAAAGUUGUACUUUCGGCGUGUUCAUCGUACUUUCAAUCCCUGUUCAUCGACCAUCCUAAUCGCCACCCUAUCGUGAUCUUGAAAGACGUGUGUUUUGCUGAAUUGCGAACUCUAGUUGAGUUUAUGUAUCGUGGAGAAGUGAAUGUUGAAUAUUGUCAGUUAUCUACUUUGCUCAAGACUGCCGAAAGCUUAAAAGUUAAGGGUCUUGCCGAGAUGACUCACCUAAGUACCUCACCUUCGUCCGAAGGCCAAAGAGACAGCAUGAACGGAACUCUAUCGGAACCUCCGCCUCAACCCUCAAGUUCUCUGCCGCCCCCAUCUUCACCCUUAGCUAAACAAACUAUGUCCACGGACCCAGUUAAUCCCGAAUCAAUUUCCAUUAAAAAGUUAGCCAGUGAAGAUAGUUCACCGCCACCUGUAGAUACUCAUUGUGGAGAUAGAAGUCCGUCUCCUGAUGCCGAUGAUGUGUCAUCUGUACAAAGUGGGCCCAGUGAUAUGACCCUUGGUAGUCGCCUCCCCUCCCCCCACAGCAGUGAGCCAAUGCCCGGCCCGUCUGGUCUACCUCCAGUUCAGCAAGUACCUCUGUCCUUAAAAAAAGAAGUUGAUUGGGAUAGAGGAGAUGACAAUCGAAGUACGGCUGGCGAAAGUUCUGUUGAGUACCGGCAUUCUCAUGACCUGGAUAUGGCUGAAGGAUCAAGUAGUCGAUCUCACAGGAGGACACCUUUCGACCAGCUGAGUAGUAGUAGUAGGUCCUCAACUCCAUUUCAGUAUCCUCCGUUCGCUGCUUUUCCCGGUCUCAGCGGUUUCGCCCACGGAGAAGGGCCGAUCUCGAUAUUCGCGUUACUGCAGCAACAGGGUCUACUCGCCUCUCAGCGAGGCUCGUCCGACGAAGGACUAAUCGGCGGCUUGAUUCGAUGUGCGAUUUGUUUAGCAGGUUUCCCAUCGACCUGGCUCCUGGAGCAGCACACCGCUCUGCAGCACACCGGACAACCCGUCAGAGGACACGGAGGAGACGGAGGCGAAGAGAAGCCUUUCCGUUGCGACCAGUGCGGUCAGAGCUACCGGUACCGAUCCGCGUACCUGAAACACAGGGAGCAGAACCAUCGAGCACGUUUGCCGGCCGAUAAGCUCUUCACUUGCGAUGUAUGCGGGAUGCAGUUCCGGUAUUUGAAGUCCUUCAAGAAGCACCGGCUCAACCACGCUUUGGAGCGUCUUCACUCGAACCCUUACCAAAGAUCCGACUCAAGCGGGCCUUGCGAUUAUAGUAUGGAGGGCUCCAGCAACCGAGCGGCGGCCACGCCUGCAGGGACCACGUCAGAGAGUCAGGUCUCCAGCUCGAACGAAGCCGUCGCGCGGUCGUCUAGUGUUCCUCCUAGUAGUAAUCAUAGCGAAGAUGCCGUAGAUUCGUUAGCACUGGCCCUCAGUGGGGGCGAGGCGUCUUUGUUCAAUCUCCUCCGGCUUAGUUCCGAGAGGCAGAAAGAGAGGAGGGCUUUCGCCUGUCCGUUCUGCGGGAAGUGCGUUCGCUCCAAGGAGAAUCUAAAGUUACACGUUCGCAAACACACGGGCGAGAGGCCUUUCGCUUGCCUUUUCUGUGGCCGAGCUUUUGGCGGGAAGAGUGAUCUCACCCGACACUUGCGCAUACACACCGGUGAACGUCCUUAUCACUGCGAAAUGUGCGGAAAAUGUUUCGCUCGCGCUGACUACCUCUCCAAGCAUCUUACUACCCAUGUUCAUUCAACGCAACAUCAACGCUAACUCCUACUUAGUCUCAUUGAUUCUUUCUCUUUUUCUUUUUUCUAUUCUCACGAUUCAUAUUUUCAUUUUUUUUCACGUUCAUACAGGAUUUGUAAUAUACGCGGAGGCGGCGAGAAUGUUCAUUUUGGCAUUCUCUGCGCCUUUGUGACACUUUCGAAAAGUUCCUCAAGUAGUUGAAUUACAGACUUUCAAGUUAGUUGUUUUGUAUCCUGAUUUAGACAUGUGAUGACUUAAAAACAAACAAUCUAAAUCAGAAUUUAUAGCAGGCGCAUCAUUUCUUUAAUGAUAUAUUUUUUUAUUUGAAUUUUUUCUCUGCUGGACAAACGUCUCCAUAUUUUCAUUUGAAGCUCAAUGUAUCUGUUUCUCUCUCUCUUUUUUUUCAUUUGCAACAUAACUAAUUUGGGGUAAAGUAAUGAGAUUAGAUUUGUGAUUGAUUUUAUAAAUGCUAGCAUCUGUGAUUUUAGCCUAAUUUUAAUGUGUCUCCUCCGUCCGGUAUGCGUUUUAUCAUCAGCGAAUCCAAUUGUACUUCGGAGGCGUUACAAACAAUUUUCAGUUGUUACAAUUUGCGUUUUUCUGUUUGUUUCCUAAAGCAAGGAAAUUGAUUUGCAUUUUUUUUCCACUUGCUUACAGUGCUUCCGAAAAAGAUUUAGUACUAUCCAAGUCUGAUUUUUAUCCAUGAAUAUUUAAAGUAAUGAAUUAUUGGCGUAAUAUUUCGGUUUUUGUAGUAAUCCAGAAAGACUCGCUAAUGUUUCAGGUUCUCCAGAGUAUUCUCUGCGUUAAUCAGAGAUUAGAAAGCUUCAUGCAUGAAUUAACGGAACAACGAAUAAAAUCUACUUAUAUUUUUACCAACAGUCGGCGCACGAUAUGUACAUAAGAACGUAUGAUUCAUUAUUGAAUUUGACUGGUUUUUCUACAGCGGUUAGCUUUCAUUGACAACCCGUAUUGCCCAGCAAUGUCAACUUCCGCAAACAUAAGGGGCCUAACAUGGUGCUGUUUUUCUUCUAACUGAUUCCCAAAAAAUCGGGCUUUAAGAAAACUAAACGUGCGAAUUUUCCCCAUUGAAUUCUCAUCCCUCCUUUGAAAGUUAUGGAUCCGUUUUUAUUUUGGCUGCCAUAAAAAUAUUGUGAUGAUAAUGUUGCCAUAAAAUGGUUUUGCAAUGUAUCCCUUUUCCCAAAGACUGGUCUAUUCGUUCUGCCGUAUUGAUGAGUUCAGGUUUGUAGCUAAUGUAAUGACUGAAUGUAAAUGUAAAUAAUGAAUUCAACAGAUUGAUGUCUGUUUAUUCAAUUUUGUGUUAGUCUUAUAGAUGUCGUGAUUUUAUUUUAUGAAUGUUUCUCCUUAAUUUUUACUUAUUCUUUGAUUGAUUUCUACUUCUGCUUUUUCUUAAUCUUCUGUAUAAUUUUUAAUUGUCCUUUUCAAGUUAUACUCAAAUUACUUACUUGGUUUGCAAAUUCUUGGCUAUUUCAGAAAAAACAAACUUAAAUCCGUGUCUAAAAUCAAUACUUGAUAUUACCUCAUUGAAGCUCCUGACUCUUUAAAAUAUAAUACUCCUCUCUAUAGUUAAUAUUAUUUUUGUAUUCAAUAAAAGUAAGAAAUCAGCGCAGCAAGAAAUUACAACUUAGUCAAAGCUGAGGAAAACUAAAUUUCGUUUUGUUUUCUAUUAAUUUAUUUGUUUUUCUUCAUCGGCUCCCACUCUGAACUGCGGGUUUUGGGUAGUGAUUUUUAUUACAUUUAAUUUUUUCUUAUUUUUUAUCUCUGAAAGCAAGAUUUCAAGGCCGACUCUCUGCCCCUUUUUUUUGUACGUUAUCCUCAACUAUGCUAUUAUAAAAAGUAGAACUCUCGCUAACUAUAUACUGCGACUGCGAUGACCGAUCUCUCUUAACACAAUUACACGUAAUCUAAAGUUUGGGCUAAUCCAAUAAUUUAAUUAUCUAAAAAGCGAGGAGAAUGCCCAUUUUCCUCAUAACUUAAAAAAUUCAAGCUCUUAAUUCAGUCAUUUUUAUUUUAGAACAUAAUAAUAUUCAAGUAACUGAAUUGCCGUGAAUUUACAGACGGGAGACUGUGUACCUAUUACACAGAAAAAAUGUUGAUCUCGUAAAUGAGGGCGUUUCAAGAGACCAAACGAGAUAAAAGUAACGUAAACAUGAUUGCCAUUACUAUAAUUUACUUUUUACACUGAUAUCCCUUCAUAAAAGUUGAGAAACAAUUAUCUGAUUAGGACAGCUCCCUACAAUAAAACCCGUAAUCAUUAAAACUGCCGUAUUACCUCAUACAUUCAUCAAUAUUUACACAACUAAGAAUACGCCACUAUUUUGUUACUGAUAUUUGUCUCCAUUUUUACAGUACUUAGAAAGUUAUUCACCCCUUUUCUUCCUUUCCCAGCUCACAUCUUCUUCCUUGUGAUCUUGGUGCUCUCUUAACUGUGCCCGCUGUGUCCAUUAGCCGUUUCAGAAUGCCUUACCAGCCUUUGCGUAUUACAUACUUCUUUUUGUGAAAAAUUGUCUUCCGGUGUGAUGGCUAGGAUAUUCAGUGUCUCAAAGUAUACUCAUUGUAGCUUAAUAUUACUCCCUACUUUGAGGAUAGCAUAGUCACCGUAAAGUUAUGCAAAGAGUAAAAUGUGUGUUGUCAAUGAAGAACUCAUGAAAGACUCAUGUUUGGAAUGAAAUUAGUUAAUCUAGAAUGAUUGCAAAUUUUGGCUCGUUUAAACCAACCGGGGACAGCUGGAAAAAGUACUGAAAAAUCACAAUUUGAACGAAUAAAUUUCAUUGUGAGUAUUUCAUUCCUAAUUUAAUGAAAGUUCUUAUGACCACUAAAUUAUUUUACUUGUAAGACGUGGAGGUUUCUAAUGCUUGGGUUUAACAGUAUAUAGUACAUUUUUAUGGAUCUCAAUAAUUACUGUGGUUGACGAACUGAAAGUAUCCCAACGUUUUGCAAUGGUGGGCUGUGAAGUACAAUAUUGUGUGUCUGCAUCCAAAUGUUUUGCUAUACGACCAUAACAGUGUCUCUGUUAAUGUGAAUAAUGCUGGGUCCAAACAUGAGUACUCAUUAACUGGAACUUUGCAUUGAUAUGUGAUUUAUACAUUUCUGUGUCAAGUAGAAAAUUUUCUUGAAUUGAUGGCAUUGCAUAAUCUCGAGCAGUAAUUUGUUUCCUUUUCCUGUGCCCCAAUAUUUUGAUUAUCACCUUUCCUCGCCAAGAAUGAAGUCCUAAAUACGGUCUAAAAGCUCAGGCCCAUGCAUUUCUGUUUUCUCUAUCUUUUUUUCUUCUUCUCGUAACUCUCAAUUGAAAAUUAAUGUUCCUUUUUUCAUUGGCCAAAUUCUUACGAAUUUCAAUUGCGAUUCGUAACUGCACCAAACUCAUCAAAAUAGAGAAGACAUUUCUACGUACUUGAAGGUCAUGAUUAUUUUUUUUCAUUUAAACGCAAUCCAGGCUUUGUUAAGUUUCCAGAUGCUUCUCAGUUCCUUAAUUUGUAGGUACUGAUUUGAUUUUUUCCUUACCAGUACCUCUGAAUUUCAGUUUAGAUUCCUAUUUUUGAAGUAUUUAACGUCCGGGCGUUUUCUUUGUUUUUUUUUUCUUUACUCUUGCCCAGCAAUGGACUUCGGAACUUCAAUUUCACUUAUUUUGCUUCUUCAAGUAUUGCUUCCUUUUUUUACCCAACCUAUAUUCCAUAACAUAGCCAUCUCGUCUCCGUUAAUCCUGCCCACAAAUCCACAACUCAGUUUUCAAAUUUAGUAAGUUUUUUUUUUUUUUUUUUUUUUUUUUUUUUUUUUUUUUUAAAUCCCCCACCCCCUACGAUGAAAUAUUUUAUUAAUUGAAACUUGGUAUAGUAAAUCAGCUCACAAUCAUUGUAAUAGGUCGUUUUUAAUAAUCAUUAAAACUGACACGCUACCUCUUUGUGUUUUCGUACACAUUUUAUUAUCUACAUAGUUUUUAGUAUAUUAUUAUAUUUUGUCGGUGCUAAAGAUGUUGGAAUGAUAGGACUCAUGCUGAGAAUAAUUAUUGUUUCAUUAUUUUAUUCUGUUUUUUUUUUCUCUUUGUAUUUUUGUUAACUCAAGUUUCACUAGUAAUUUACGAUGUUCAGAGCUCAUUUAAGGCUUCGAUACACAAAGUUUAUGAAACUAAAUAGUCUUAAUGUCACUGUGAUUCCACCGAUUUUAAAUUAAUUUUUUGGCAUUUUCUCAUCAUUUGUAUGUUUUCAUAAUUUUGAGGAACACUGUGUUUCGCAAGUGGUGAAUCAAGCACCUUCAUCAUUUGGAAUCAUUUAUGUUCAUGGAUUUCACUCUGUGAGCAAAUUUUUUCGCAGUGAGAUCUUAAGACAUACUGAAGAGUAUUCUUGAAAAUGAUGUUAACUUUCGUGAAUGCGGGAGGGCCCAAUUUUUUUUAAAUUAAUUUACAUAACUAUGGAUUCUGAAGAUAUGGGUUAUCAAAAAUAAAAAUGCUUCUGAAAUAAUUCUAAGAUGGCGUAGCAUACACUGGGUAACUUUUAGAGGAUGUUAAAAAAAUUUAAGAGCACUAAAAAUUAAUUGGGCCUUGCAAUGAUGACCUGCGUUUUAUGCAGAAAUGCUAGACUGAUAGAGCUUGAUUAGUUCAUCACUAAUUUUUGCUUUCGUUCGCACAGGCAGAAAACAUAUUUGCUUCUCAGCAAGUACGUUCCUCUGAAGUUCAUUCUUCAACUUUAGUGAAAUCUACGUAUAAUCUUAAGAUGAAAAUGUGGGCCGAAAAUGAUCAAGCUUGUUGAAAUACUCUUAUCUGACACCACUCACGUAACGCAACGUGUCUCGUGUAACGUGAUUUAAGCGAUUUAACGACAACUUUGGUGACAGCUCGCACAUUCAAAGGGAUCACAUUAUGAUUUUUGUCCAGUAUUAUUAUUACUGUGGUGAUAAAUAUUUUGAAAACAGUUUAUAGGAAUUUCAAUGGAUGGUGAAACUUGAGUCCAAAGUACGAAAAACGACACUCACCUCAACCAAUUUGUAACAAAAUGCAAUUUGUUGUGAUAAAAGUAUUUAUGUAUUUGAAAUAGAAUAUAAUAAUUAGUAAUGGAUCUAGAAUAUAGGGCAUGAAGCGUUUGAUUCUGGAGUUUUCAAACAGUUUUAUUUAAAAAAAAAAUAUCUGACGUAGUUUCUAGGCUGUUCUAUUUAUGUACUAUAGUUAAAUGUUGUUAUGUGUUUUAAUUUCUGUGUAAUAUUUUAAAUUAUUUUAGGUAACUUUUAGCAGUUUAUAUGCAAGAGUUGCAACAUCAAACAAUCUGUGACGAGUGAUGAGUUGGAGCUUUUUUGAUACUCAGCAUUUCUCUGUGGUAUACUUAUUAUCAUAAUGACGAGUCCGUCACUUUUUCAUCGUUUUCUGAAUAUCCUUACAUGAAAACUUAAGUAUAGUUUGUCAAGUAUAGGAGGCACUUUCCAAGGGCGAGAGAGGAAAUUUCUCAUGAAUAGGUUAUCCUUGCAUUUGUUGAAGGAACGCCGCUCCGCGCCAAGCAAAUUUAAAUCAUAGUGCCGCCAUAGGUUUACGCACCCAGCUCCGAAUCGUUUCACCGUAACACGGAUUUUUUUGUUAAAUGUUUACUACCGAUAUUUUAAUUGGAGAUUACAGAAUUUCCUCAAGAUUGAUCAGCUUUUUAGUUUAAAUUAUAAAUACCUACCAGCCUCUCGUUGUGUACUAACUUCUCCAACAAGUACGUAAGGCUUUGACACAACUUAAUCAUCAUUCACCGGGGUACCUAUACUAUAUAACCCUAACAUCCGUGAAACAUUACAGCGGGGAAAAACAGGAAGUGAUACAUCUAGUAAUUUCUAUGUUAUCACAUCUAUGAACUAUGAUGAUGGAUAAGCCCUCCUUUUUCAUGCCUAUCAGGGAAAAUGCUGAGUUGGUUGGUUAUGCUCCGUGUGAUGAAUCUGGCCUUUGUUAGAACGAAAUUUUUAUGUUACUUGUAUAGUUCAAUAUUUUAUUUGUGCUAAGUAUAAUUUUAAUGUAGCCGAUCGUUUAUUUUCCUGCCCUUUUUUCUGAUCUUAGUUCUGGUUAUGCACUUUCCUCCCUAUGUUUUCUGCCUAACUGUAGUUGUGCCCUAUUUUUUAGUGUAGAUAUAUGUUUCAUUAUCUAGAUUUCAAUCCGGUCGAACCAUUCUUCAAUCAUAAUCAUUACCUAUUUUAUAAUUUCCUUUCCCUAACUAUUCAUGAUUUGAUUUCCUUAACCUGUGUGGAUUUGCAAAAAUUUGCCAUCUGCAAAGUUGCCGAAAAAAUGCAAAAAUUAAAGCUAACCGAAACCAACCCCUUUUAAUAUUUCAAGGACAUCAGUGACUUAAAAUAUAAGCAAAUCUAGUCAAAAGUGUUUCUGUGUUCCGAGACAAACAUUGGAGGUGAAAGUAGUCAAAUAAAAUUCAUGCCGCAAAACUUUAUGGGCUCUGAAAGACAACAGUUAGGAAAAUUUCCUGUAAAAAGGGAACAGCGCAGCCCCCAAUCUUAACCGCAUUUAAUGAGCUAUCUGUGGACAUUUUGGAAAUAAGAAAGGGGAAUUAUUUGUUAGCCGAUUUUAACAUAAAAUGUGAAAUUUUAUAUGGAUUUCUCUGGAAUUUUUGAAGUCUUCGUUAUUGUGUACAUCCAAUGGGAACAAUAGAUGAAAGAAUUUGAAUCAACGUUUUAUCCUUUGCGCAGUCUUAUUGCAAAUUAUACUUGCACGUCUAUGAUAGGUGAAUUUAAACUGAGUUAAGAUCUUUCCUUAAAAUCUUUUAAUUAAUUUCGUGUGAUGAUUGUACCUCAAGUUGAAAAUAAAUAAUUUAAAUGUAGUUGAAAUCAUACAGUAAACAAUCAAAUGGUUUUUUUCCGUACUCAUGAAUACAAAAAUUAAACUCCGUAUUACUUACCUAUUAUUUUUUGCAUCGGUUUUAAACUGUUAGUGUAAUAUUUUUAUGGCCGGAAGUGUACGUUUUUCUAAUACCAAUACUGACCUCAAGUUUUCUAGUAUUUUGUGAUUGUGCGCAUUUUUACUCAAUAUUUUCUGGUUAGGUAAUCUUUUUUAGAUAUACAAUGUCAUUGAUUUUAUUGUAUCAGGUGUUAAUCGUGCAUUGUGAAGACUAUCUUUAUAUAUUUAUCAUUUCCAUCAAGCUUUACGCAAAAAUUUACUUACUUUUCCAAGCAAUGUAUGUAUUUAAGAGCCGAACUAUUUUUUCUACGAUUUUUAAUGAACGAGCCCUUCCACGAAUACCUAUUGUAUAUUUUUCAGCAAAAUUCUCAUCAGAAUUUUAAAGUUUUUGCCUAUUGUGUCUAUAUUUACAUCUAGGUACAUAUUAAUUUUACAUUUUUAGAGAAAUGCAUUAUCAAGUGAAUAUUUUCCUUCCUCAUAUGCUCCUUCUUUUUCCCUUCAUUUAAGAAACAGGAUUAACGUCGUCAUUGACUCAAGCAAAGCACGCUUUUGGCUCCUCGCAAUUUAUAAUACUUAUUUUCCACAUCAAUCUCAAAAUAGGAGGACUUAAGCUAUAUUUUGAAAUACUAAUUUGAUAGUAAAUGCACUCCAAAAAGCUUAGAGUAUUUAAGCUAUCAGACAUUUGCAAUGUUGUUCAUCUGUUUUUACAGUGAAUACACUCAAUGAACAUCACUGCAUUUUAAUAGCUCUUAAAGAAAUUCUAAGGUCGUGUUGUCAAUGAACAUUUACUGCAUUUUAAUAGUUCUUAAAGAAAUUCUAAGGUCGCGUUGUCUUAGAUAAAUGUAGUCACAUAAAUCAGCUGGAAGUUUCCCUCAGACAAGGGUAAGCAUUGCGUAAAUAAAAGCUGUUGGAUGUGAUAAAUGUUGAAACCAUAGCAAAUAUUAUAGUAGAAAAAUUUACAAAUGUUUAAAUGUUAACAAUAGUUCAAUUUGAAAAUUUUAUGAAAUAGUUAAUUUUUACAAUUUAUUUUUUUGUUACACUUGUUUUAGAUAAUGAAAGCUGUUAAAUUUAGGAGCUAGUUUUGCAGAGGUUGGAUUAUUGAUUCAAUUGUGCUUAGCACAAUGAGUUUUAAUGUUGGUCCAAAAUCGUGCUAAUUACAUUGAUAUCAAUAAUUCAACCUCUCCACAAAAUCAUUUUGAAGUAUGAGUAAACGAAUCAAUGUAAAACUAAAAGGCGCAAAAAACUAGCUCUCUUUAGUACAAUGUUGUCCAUUUAACAUUUUUUAAUGUCUGAAAUAUUUCGUUUUCUUUUUUCAAUAGAGUAAAUGAUGUUCACACAAUUUACUGAUGAUUCUGGAGUGUGUAUUUCAUGAUAUUUACGAUUUUGAAUUCCUUCAAUUCAAUUUAUAAGUUCUUCUUCAAUUGCUACUCCUUAUUUUCUAUUUCAUACCUUAGUUUAAUUCAGAUUAAUUCUACCCUCAGUCUUGUAGCGCAAGCUGGUAAAGAAAUCGAAUUUAGUAUUUUAGAAUUAAAAUUUAAGUUUCCAAGAUGUUUUCAUUGGAACCUUUUUUUUGGUAGGCUACGUUUAUUUGGUAUGAUUGAGAGCAAGUACUUAACAGAUUUAACUGCAUUUUUUCACGAUAAAAAAACAGCAUCUCUAAGUUCUUGUCUUCUCUUAAAAUUCAUUUGCACUUAUUGGCAUUAUAAACGACAUGAAUUAUUAUUCAAUGUAAUUUUUGUUUUACAUCGUGAUGGUUGAUGGUGUUCCAAUAUUCUCUCGAGUUUAUCCACGCGAAUGAAAAAAUUAUGUAAAAGCUAUGUUUAUUCUCUACGCGACCACAAAUUUAAGUGUUAUCUUGUUUCCAGAAAAAUGCUAACCCGAUUUCUUCAUAAAAAUCGUGUGGUUACUUAAUUUUUUUUUUUUUCACAGAAAAAGGUAUAUUUGGUUCGUUCUCAUGAUUGAUCUCAUUUUAUUUUCUCUCAAUAGAGCAUCUAGGAAUCUCUAUCUUCUUUUUCUAAAGAAGUUAAUGUUUGUGAUAUCAUGAAUUUUUGUGUUUUGUUUUACGUAGUUUCUAUAUACUUAGUCAUUAUAUUGUUUUGCGGACUAAUGAGGCAUCAGAAUGUUUGAUCGCAUGCCUAUUUUUGUGAAACUUAUGGUUACGAUGUAAAAGGGUCCACUGUCAGAAUAAAAAAGUAAUAAAUAAAAGGUUCUUCAAUUGUAGAAAAAUUAGCAUGAAUUUUAAUAUACCGAUUCUGUUCCCUCUGUGACUGUUGGAAAAAAAAUCCCCACAGCAAAAUCAUUUUACCUUUUUAUUUUCAUGACGACGGGAUUUGUAGACAUGAACAUAAACAGAAAAAAAACGAAUAAACACUGAACAUGUUUUUACACAUGAACUUUACACAUUUUGAAGACAAGAGAAAUUUCCAGAGCACUUUCAACCAAAA